UUAAGAGGAAACUUUGUGUUUUGUUCUCCAAGUUCACUUUAGUUCUCGCUCGUCUCUCGUGCUGCCUCCGUGACGCGUGCGAUGCGCGCCGGGACUCGUGCAUCAGUGCAGCUCCAGAUCGGUUUACAGCUGCGUCUCGGAUCGUAAUGUUUCCCAAAGUUUUCUGCACCGGACUGAACUACAUGGAAUAAUGUGGCGGAUCAUGUUGCUGUGUUGCGCUCUGGAGGGGUGCGCUGCGCUCCGUCCACCUGCGAACGCGUCUCUCCUCGCACCUGUCCGAGGCGUCGUGCGCACCGUGGACCGGAUUUAUCACGGAGGAGGGAAGGCGGGUUAUCUUCUCUACAUGGACGAGCAGCGCUUUCAGCUGGAUAUGGAGCGGGAUGAGUCUGUACUGUCUCAGCACCUCGGGUUGAACGCAGACGCAGAGCGUUUGCAGCCGCGUCGGGAAUGCGUUUACCGCGGCACCGUCAACUCAAACGCGGAGUCGCUCGCGCUUUUCAAUCUGUGCGGCGGAGGACUCGACGGGUUUUUCGCAGUGGAUGACGCGCGGUACACCGUCACCCGAGCCGACGCGACGCGCGCUCUCUACUAUUACACGCGCGAGAGCUUCGGUUUCGAAGCGAUGCCCGCGCGGCACAGCUGUGGCACGCGCGACCGCAAAGCGCGGAACGCGCGUAGGCAGUUCGCGAAGCGCGACGCGCUGACGCGACGCAAGCGCUCCGUGUCCCGCGCGCGGCACGUGGAGCUGCUGCUGGUCGCUGACGCGUCCAUGACGAAGAAGUACGGGAAGGACCUGCACCAUUACCUGUUGACGCUCGCGUCCAUCGCGUCCAAACUCUACGGCCACGCCAGCAUCGAGAACCCCAUCCGCCUGUCCGUGGUUAAAGUGGCGAUCCUGUCCGAGCACGAGAAGGGCAUCGACGUGUCCAAGAACGCGGCCGCGACGCUCAAGAGCUUCUGUAAAUGGCAGAAUCAGCAGAACCCUCUGGAUGACGACCACCAGCAUCACCACGACGCGGCGAUCCUCUUCACCAGGCAGGAUCUGUGCGGUCACCACUCGUGUGAUACUCUCGGGAUGGCUGAUGUGGGGACUGUGUGUUCACCGGAGCGGAGCUGUGCAAUCAUCGAGGACGACGGGCUACACGCCGCAUUCACCGUGGCACACGAGAUCGGGCACCUGCUGGGUCUGUCCCAUGACGACUCUAAGUUCUGUGAGGAGCGUUUCGGCUCCAGUGAAGACAAGCGGCUGAUGUCGUCCAUCCUGACGUCCAUCGACGCGUCCAAACCCUGGAGCCGCUGCACCUCCUCCACCAUCACGGACUUCUUCGACGACGGAAACGCCGAGUGUCUGCUGGACGCUCCUCGUCUCCCUCUCUUGGGUCCGGAGGAGCUGCCGGGUCAGAGAUACGAUGCGGUGCAGCAGUGCCGUCUGGCCUUCGGUCCGGAGUACACCGUGUGUCCCGGGAUGGACGUGUGCGCGCGUCUGUGGUGCGCCGUCAUCAGGAAGGGACAGAUGGUGUGUCUGACCAAGAAGCUUCCAGCCGUGGAGGGAACGCCGUGUGGGAAGGGCCGGAUCUGUCUGCAGGGCAAAUGUGUGGACAAAACCCGAAAGAGACACUACUCGACGUCGAAUCACGGCAGCUGGAGCUCCUGGGGUCCGUGGGGUUCGUGUUCUCGGACGUGUGGCGGUGGUGUCCAGUUUGCACACCGUCUCUGUAACAACCCUCCUCCCCGAAACAACGGCCGCUACUGCACCGGGAAGAGAGCCGUGUACCGCUCCUGCAGCGUCACGCCGUGCCCUUCAGCCGGGAAGAGUUUCCGUCAGGAGCAGUGUGAGCUGCGUAACGGCCCUCAGACGGACCCUAAAGGAGUCAAGACCUUCGUGGAAUGGGUGCCGAAGUUCGCCGGCGUGCUUCCCAAAGACAUGUGCAAACUCACCUGCAGGGCCAAAGGGACGGGAUACUACGUGGUGUUCUCACAGCGGGUGGUUGAUGGGACGGAGUGCCGGCCGUUCAGCAGUUCGCUGUGUGUGAAGGGGAAGUGUGUUCGCACCGGCUGCGACGGGAUCAUCGGCUCUAAACUUCAAUACGACAAGUGCGGCAUCUGCGGCGGCGACGGAGACAGCUGCAUCAGAGUGGCUGGAAACUUCACCAAGAAGAGUAAGGGCUACACAGAUGUGGUUAAGGUUCCCGAGGGUUCGACGCACCUGAAGGUCAGACAGUACAAAGCCAAAGGCCAGUCGCGCUUCACAGCGUAUCUAGCUCUGCGGCGGCCCGGAGGAGAAUACCUGCUCAACGGGAAGUUCAUGAUCUCCACGUCUGAGAACAUCAUCCCCCUCAACGGCUCCGUUCUCAACUACACCGGCUGGAGUCAGCGGGACGAUGCCUUCCACAGCAUGGGCCCCGGGGCCCUUCAGGAAAGCCUGGUGGUGCAGAUUCUGGCCACGGAUGCUAAGAAACCACUGGACAUCCGCUACAGCUUCUUCAUGCCGCGCAAAAUGCCGCUUCCACCGCGAACGGUUGUAGCGACCUCGGGAACCACCACGGCACUGUCCUCGGCAGAGAUUGUGACGUUUACGACCGAGGUUCCUGCGACGACGACGACGGCACCCACGGGGCCACGCUGGGUGACGGGUUCGUGGAUGACGUGCUCCAGAACUUGUGAUACGGGUUGGCAGAGUCGCACGGUGCAAUGCAAGGACCCUCAGGGGAAGCUGUCCAAGAGCUGCCUGCUCAGCGCCCGGCCGUCGACCUUCAAACACUGCCUGAUUAAAAAAUGUUGAGGACCCCUCAAUCAGACGAACUUCCUGACGGAGCUUCGUGAAGCACGUAGACUGAACCGUUGCAGUUGCGUUCCGAUCACUGUGGGAUUCUGCUAGCGUUCACAGUCGUGAUGCGUUGUGACUCUGGAGCUUUGGCUCUAGCCUUGAAUGUGGUCAUGUUCAGCCACGCCCCUUUGGACAAGCCACGCCCCUUCAUUCAAAUGACACGCCCCUUGAGUUCACACUGGCAGUGAUUUAAAGCAUUUCUGUAGUGUUUGAGGCUCUGGCUUCGAAUGAGUCAAUGUUCAGCCACGCCCCUUUUGACAAAGCCACGCCCUAAAUCCAAACAACAUGCUUCUUGAGUUCAAAAAGUUUCGAAAACAUUUAGAAAACCGAACGUUAAAAAAAAAACAGAAAUAAUGUUUUCAUAACUAAUUGGGAACAUUAGCAUAAAGUUCUAUAUCAUUUAUCAUGUCCGAAAAACUAAAAAUGUUGAGGACCCCUUCCUGAGCUUUGUGAAGCACGCAGACUGAACCGUUGCAGUGGCGUUCCGAUCACUGUUGAAAUUCUUAUAGCGUUCACAAUCCUGUUGCAUUGUGACUCGGACGAGGAGCUUUGGCUCUAGCCUUGAAUGUGGUGACGUUUAGUCACACCCCUUUGAAAAAGCCACGCCCCUUCAUUCAAAUGACACGCCCCUUGUGUUCACACUGGCAGUGAUUUAAAGCAUUUAUAUGCUUGAUAAAAUUAUAAAAUGGAAUGUUAUGUUAAUGUUCACAUAACCAAGACAAAGAAAAAACAUUUAAAAAACAUUCAGAAACAGGGUUUUCAUUAAUUAAUGGGAACAUUAGCAUAACGUUCUGUGUCAAUAUCAUAUCCAAAAUCCUAAAUCAGAUGAACUUCCUGGUUCAGCUUUGUGGAUCACAUUGACUGAACCAUUGCAGUUGCAUUUGUUUGAAUGCGAUUCCGGUUACUGGAAUUCUGCUAGUGUUCGCAAACGUUGCAUUGUGACUUCAGACAAGGAGCUUUGGCUCUAGCCUUAAACCACGCCCCUUUGACAAAGCCACACCCCUUCAGUCAAAUGACACGCCCCUUGGCCUCACACUGGCAGUGAUUUAAAACAUUAUUCUUGUGUUUGAUGUUAAGAUGCGUUUACAUUUACUAUUGAUGAAAUGGAAUGUAAAUGUAAAUGGAAUUCUGCCAGCAUUUACAGUUGCGUUGUGUUGCUUAGUGACUCAGACAAGGAGCUUUGGCUCUAGCCUUAAAUGUGGCACCUUUUAGCCACGCCCCUUUAACAAAGCCACACCCACUGAUCCAAAAGCCAUGCCCCUUAAGUUCACACUGGCAGUGAUUUAAACCACUGCCGUAGUUAUUAAUGUUGCAAUCACAUUUACAGUCGCUCCGUGUAAUCAAGUCUUUCCAAUUCCAACGAUUGCGUGAAAAAAACUCACGUAGGUUACCCUUUACCCAUUGACCAAGUGACUUCUGUGCGAGUGGCACUUCAUACAUCUCUAUUUUACAGACAGCAGACAUUGGACCAUUUUGGUUCGUGAAAUUUCACUACAAUUUUACUAAUGUGACCGAAACUUCAGUAGCUUUUCUAACUCGACUGUAGGGCUGCACGAUAUAAAGCAUAAUUAAAAUUUUCCUUUUGAUUUGUGUUUUACAUAAAAGUGCAACAAUUCCGAUUCAGAAAUUUCUCAAACGAGAACCUUUGGGAUUUUGGAGCAAAAUAAUGAGGAUUAUCAGAUUACUGUGCCACCCUACUUGAUCGGAUUAUUUAACUACAUAUAUCAGUCUGUGCUCCUAUUGGUCGUCAUCGCAUUAUGUCACAGCUUAUUUGUAAAAACCUGGACCAAGUUGUCAACAGAUUUAAUGAUCGCUGUUAGUGUAAACCUCCUGUUUAGGGUCUGAUACAUUUACAGUACCACCCAUAAGAAAUAAGCAUCGACUCCAGGAAUGGAAAGGUCCAUGCAGAACGCUGAUUUUCUAGAAUUAAUCUAAUAAUAUUGAGUGUGAAACUCCCACAUUGAACUGAUCUUCCUUUCUUUGUUACAGAAAAGCUAAACAGGGCUCUGAUUUGUAAAUGUGUGUAUGUCAUUUUCUGUGUUCAGGGCUCAAACGACACUGUGUGCCCUCGAUACUCGCAAUAACGCCAGCCAAUCACUCACUCGCUCGCAGUCGCGCCGUUUACAUGUUCAUGGGAAUGUUUCAGGUUAAAAACAAACUAAAACCUUUUUUAGAGUGAAAUACGUCUAUGAGGCAAGAAUCACACAGGGUUAAAGCCAAAAUGUGAAACUUGUAUGUUUAUUAGAGCCUGUAUACUAAUUGCUGUGUACAGAAAUGUGUGUUAUUUGAACUGUAAGCCCAGCUAACAAGAAGGAUUUUUAGCAUGUUCUGGUAAAAGUUUUGAACAAUUCAGAACAAAGUAACUUAUUUAAAAUUAUCUGGUCUUUGAUAAUGUUCUCACAAAAACAUUAUUUACCGUAUUUUUCGGACUAUAAGUCGCACCUGAGUAUAAGUCGCAUCAGUCCAAAAAUACGUUAUGAUGAGGAAAAAAAACAUAUAUAAGUCGCACUGGACUAUAAGUCGCA